AUGCCACCUCUCCCACUCAAUGGCAGCUCUUACCCACCUUCCUCUUCAGGCUACGCCCCGCUUGAUCGGGAGGACGAGCUGGAGCCCUCUUUCCCCUGCUCAUCCGUCACACGCCGAACAUUCACCCACUCGCCCUACCGCUCGCGCGCCAACGACCCGACCGACCUAUUGCAAACGUUCCUCUCCGACACGCGACCGCAUGCCGAACACGCGAAAGCCCUUUCUCUGCGAAUCACCCUCGGGCGGAGCGGAAAACGGAUCGAGCUGCCAUUGCCGAAGUUGACGGUGCAGGAUGCGCUCCCGUUCGCAGUGGCGGAUGACGUACCGUGUCUGCGCGGGCUACCGAGUGCGGGUACGAGAGGAUGGGGUGAUGCUGUGCGGGGACUGAUUGGUGAGCUCACCGGCUCAACCCCUAGGCACGCCAGGGAAGGGGCCUUGCAGGUGUGGAACGCCUCGCAAAAGCGCCCGCUCUACGCAACAUCAGAAGAAGUCGACCGUUCUCAUACUCGGUUUGCAACGGGAACGAUCCCCCCGUGGACGUCGGUGAAUGACGACUUCCUCCCCGCACCACCCACCGUCCCCGCGCCUACCGAAGAGCAACAGGGGCAAGACGACGUAGAUAAGCUCUUCGACGCUUCCAGUGGGAUGGGCGACUUCGACCUCGCCUCGGUAUUCGCCAAGACUCGACAGCGCAAAACAUCAUGGCUUGUGUCGGGAGGGCUGCAGGAGGCGAUGGAGUGCUUUGCGGACGAUCGACAUUUUUCCAAGCGACUGAGGUGUCGGGAGGCCGUGUGGGGGUGGGAUUUGGUGAAGCUCCGGAGGAGUGUGAGGGAGAUCGCACGCGACGGAGGGAAGGGUAAGGGGAGACAGCAGGAUUCGGAGGAGGAGGAGUUGGAGGUCGAGGUGGUUGGAUUAGAGGAUGGGCCGGUGUAUCAUGUCGUCUGGGCACCCAUUCCAUACCUUGCGACGAGAUGGCGAGGAAUGUUCGAGACGAGAGGCGCGCUCAUCGCCAUCGUCAUCACCAGCACCCUCUUCGUGGGAAGCAUACUGCUGGGCAUGAUUAGCAACACGCUCUUCCUCAUCGUCACGCUGCUAUCCCUGCUGACGUGGGGUAUGCUCAUGCGGUUGGUACGAACACAGCAUCGGUGCGUCUACGACACGAUCGGUACCGCGUGGUGUCUCAGUCCGAGGUGGAUCAAGCUCGUCCACGUCGACCCCUCGUGGGAGCACGCUGCGGUGAUGGACAGUCUCGGCGAGAGCGCCGCCCAGGCGAAGAUCGCCAGCCGGGACGACGGGUGGUAUAUUGAACGAGGCGUCGAUCAGGAUGACUGGCUGACCUCACAUCGAGACCGCUUAGUGCACUGGUGUACAACGUGA